GCGAUGCCCAGUUCCAACACACAUCCUCGCACAGUUGACGAGAGCCAUGUCACGGCAGGCCUGCCACCUGUUCCUCCUGUUGUCUGUGACAGCAGCAGUGGCACAGACUCCGGAAGGGACAACUUCUACCUCAGCCGCUACCACACCAGAGGCAAGCUCUACUUUUGUAUUCAUCCCGACACGAUGUCGAGAUGGGUACGUUAUGGUAGCAGGACGGUGCCGGAGAAUGUCGACGCAUGGCCAGCAACGUAGGUUUCUGACAACUACAACAGAGCCUACCCCGACUUUGGGAGGAGAUCCGUUUUUCGCACCGACAACAACACCCAGCCCGGAGCCUACAAUAUUUUAUUCACGCGAGAGAUGCCGUGAUGGCUUCGUGCGUGUCAGAGGGCGCUGCAGGAAGCUGCUAAAGGGAACACACCCUGGAUCAGCUGAUUCACAACCCGCACCCAUGUCUGAGAAGCUGCUCGAAGAGGCAGACAACGCUACCAAUGGCAGCGAGACCACUCAGCCUAUAGGGAAGUCAGCGGAGCGUACAAUGUGCCCAGAAGGUUCUAGGUUUAAAUUUGGAAUGUGUCUCACCCCUCUUUUUGUGAGGCUAGUAACACUGCCAAAACAUUGUCCAGCUGGAUACGUGCUAAUCGAAGACUCCUGUAGGAACAUUAAGGUACGAUGA